AUGGUUGGCUGCAUUGAUGGUUGGGAUGAGCUUUGUGAGAACAUUACUGUCAAGGAUGAAGAAAACUCUAACGAUGAUGAUGAUGAUGAUGUUGAUGACGAUGACUUCGACCAGGAGGGUGAUAACUAGAACAUCUUGUCGUUAAUGUCUGGCCCUGGUAGUGAGGAAAUCGCAUUUUCUUUAUUUUGUGUAGGUCAUUGUUGGAUUGACUACGGACUAUUAUAUGUGUUAUAGGAGUAAUUCUGUUAGCAAUCUGUCAUUGAAGAUGGUUUUCAGGUACUUAGGGUCCAGCCUCGUUUCCAUGCUAGAACACAGACGUCACAUUUUAAAUCCACCCUUGCCGCCAUCGGUGCAAACUGCAAAAUUGCCAAAAAUAUUUUUUGUUUCUUAGAGUCCAAACAUUAACCACAAAGGACUGCAAAGGACCGCAAAACGAAUAUGCCGAAGAACGUAGGAUCUAUAAAGACCUGAUCAGCAAAAAUGAAAAGUAGACAUAUUAAAUUCUGCAAGCAGAAUACUGCAAUGCUGAUCGUACUACGGGAAAAUUAACUCUGCAAGACAUCAACACGACACCGAUAUGCCGUAAUCCUUGCAUGGCUUUGUCCAUGUUCUAUAGGUUGGUUUUGGCCAAUUUUUUAUUUCCUCUGCGAGACAUCAACUUGACACUUGGACUCUUGCGCCCCAGAAGACACGUGGUAUGGCGUGAUUCUGUGGGUGUAGAGAGUUCUAGGUGAGGGCUUAAAUCAGAGUGCGCGGAUAUUUUUCACCAGAGUUUUCUCUGGUUGUUUCGCCCUGCUGACGAACCCCAAAGAGGGCGACACAGCUGUCUAUGGCUACAAUCCCGCUCUGUUUUGAGUUCUUUCGGUGUCGUGUUGAUGUCUUUCAGAGUUAAUUUUCACGUAGUACAAUCAGCAUUGCAGUAUUCUGCUUGCAGAAUUUAAUAUGUCUGUCUUUCUUAGAGUCCCCUUAACAGAUCCAGAUAGAUGGCUUGCUUUUUCGCAAAAUUCCCACGGGGUUACAGAUGCUCCCAGACUAGAUUUGAAAUUUUGGUGUAUUUUCUUUCUUGCGAUCCUAAAAACAAACCUGUUUUCUCAGUACCUGUUUAAGUGCAACUUUAUUCUAAAUUUUGACUCUCAACGCUUUUCUGUAUAUCUCUAGAACGGCUACACAUUAAGCCUCAUCAGAUAAUCAUCAUGAUGUAUACAAUUAUGUCUGAAACUUUCAUUGAGAUAUAUUCACUGCAACACCUUGAAAUUUCAAGACAAGCCUAGCCUACGAACCGGCCAAAAAUCCGCGUUACAACAUUCACUGUUUUGACGUAAUGCUAAUUUUCCAAAUAAAUGCAGAUCAUACUUACCUUCAUGACUAGUAUGAUACAUGUACUUCAAAUGUUUUGAAACUGCUCCUGCCAUCUGUACAGACGUUAAAACUAUCAAAUUAGAUAAAUAUUUUACUUAAAAUAGAUCAUAAUAUAGAGGGCUUGUGGACUCUUUGCUCUCAAAGUCCACGAAAUGCGUCGUCUUUUUAAACUUUGUUUGAUUUACUACCCCAUUUAAACUUACAGCUGAGCACAAAAUACACAAAAAUGUAACUGAAAACCCCUUGGUGUUUAAAUUUAAAGGGUAGACAAUUUAUUAAGUUUACAUUACAUAUUCAUGAUAUACACGGCAAAGUUAGAAUAAGCUGUCAGGAUCGAGUAGUCUAGGGGAGAUUACGCAUGUUAUCAUUUUAGAUGCGCAUGCUCUUACCUUCAUAUAAAAGCAAAGGGUAAAUUCCUGACUGUAUGUAACUUUUACUAUUUUUUAAGACACUUUUUGACAAAAGAUAUAACUCACCCUUUGUUUCCCUUUUUUUAAAAAAGAUAAAGAAAUACUUUACGACCAAGAGUCAACAAUAGAGCGGCUAAUUUAAUUAAGUUUCUUAUUGUCCACAGCAAUAGAUAACUACCGUUUGUUUUCUCUUGUUGUUGGUUUUUAUUGGCGUAUCGUCCCUAAAGGUUCGCAUAAAUUAAAGCCUUUUUAUGACUUGUACAGAUAUGUCAUAUUCCAUUUUUUUUUGUUGUUGUUUGACAGGAAACGCGGCUGUCGCAGACUAAACUUGACACCGAUUUUGCAAAAAAAAAAAGCGGCCAAAACUCUUCUCAAUAUGGGCAUCCAUUUGCCUAACGAAGAGAUUACCUUUCCAUCAAGACCUACUUGACUCAAUAGAUGUGCCACCAGUAAAAAUCACUGCCGGUGCUUUGACAGGCCUGUUGAUCCUAGGACUGACCUUGGAACGUAGAAUGCUGUGGAAAAUCAAAAGCAAAUACCUGAAAGUACCUCAACAUUAAUUAACUUCCUGAAAUUUUGAAUACUUCUUUACAUUAACAACAAUAGAUCCACCGCAUUGUCUGUAGUUUUUCCAACAGAACGUCAAUUGUCACUGAUUAGUUGAACGAUUGUCCCUUUUUUGAUAAACAACGCAUAUAAAAGCAGACACGAACAUUAUUUUCGAUUACAAAGAAGUGGUGUUCGGCGCAGAGUCGUGUAGUUGCCUUGCACUUCCAAUAUUUGAAUCCUUUUAUACCACAGACUUAGUUUUCCCAAGGGAUAACUCCUAAGAAAGGCAGUCAUUUAGCAACAGGUAUGAUGCUUCUUUUGAUUUCAACUUUGUGUAUAAACCUGUCUGACUAAUUGAAUAAUUCCGCACCAACACCCGCGGCCAAAUAGUCUUUUACGGAAGGCUUGAGUUCAUUCUUAAGUGGAGAAUAAUCGAAAAUAUUAGACAUAUUAGAACUAAUCAGGACAAUUCAGGAGAAUUCUACAUGUUUUCAAUUUCCUGAGAUUAUACUCGGCGGGACAUUUUUAUAGUGAUUACAAAGAGUGAAAGCUUUUUCACCACGUAGUGCGACCGGUUAGCAUAUUACGUAACGCGAGAAAUCUAGCAAAUUAAAGGAGUGCAUUAAUCAUAGGAUAUUGGAAAGUCCAAACACACUAACUAUUAUGUAAGAGUUUAAAUGAUGGUGGUUGAACAAGAUUGCAUGUGUUCUUGCUGUUCCUUUAUUGUUACUAACCCUUAAUUUUAAACUUAAGAAGCCAAUGUUAAAAUGGAAAACAAAGUGCAAGAGAAAACAGAGAGAGAAAGUGAAGAUCAAAGAGGUAAUUUUCAGAAUAAAAAGUCUUGUAUCUUCUUUUUUUUUACGAUUAAUGAGUGCCUUCAACUUUAAGUAAUUGACAGGUUACUUUUUGUUCUUUGUUUUGCUUUUUUUUUAUUGAGGUAUGUUGAAAACUUUCUCCUUUUAAUUCCUUACGAUUAACUUCUUUCUCUUUCUAAUAAACAGCCUUUUCCCAGUGCGUUUUCGUUGAAAAAUAAAAUCAAACAAAACAAAGCCAAAUACAACACCGAUUCAGUUAAGCUGUACGUCAUAAUGUCUCUUACUGGUCGUUUCCUUUUGCAUCUAAUCAAGCGCCGAACAAUAGAAGCUAGGCGCCACGUUUGAAAUAGUACCUUUGAAUAAGUGCCUCCCCGAUAAUCCUUUCUAUAAAAGGGUCCCGGGCCAUAAACUGAAUCAUAAGCCGAAUUAUCCUUUUGCAACCCGAGGAGGUAUAAUACUAAUCUUUGUAUUUGUCAUGUUAUUACAGUUGAAAUCAAAGGAAAGAAGUGUUUCUCUAAACCUUCGGUAAGAGUUGCAGCAGUUUUGGUUGGUAUAGCCCUGGCAGCCGUUGUCAUUUCGUCCGUUUAUGCAGCAGGAGUAUUUGAUUCUGGACCCGAGUUACCAGAAGUAAUGGAAGGAGAGGCUACCUUUUCAUCUGACCACGGGGAAGGAGAAUUUUUCCAUGUGAUCAUUGAUUAUAAGAGGAAACUAAUUCAGCUUACUUCAGUGGGUUAUCUGCCCUCCUCGUUUCCACUAUCGGGACGACGGCUUAUGUCUUUUGAGGAAAAUGAUACAGCAAAUGGGACCAAUAUCAAUGCAACCAAAAUCGUCAUACAGGAUUACAACACGGUAAGGUACUCAUGUUUAAAAAACAAAGCAAAUUUGUAGUUAAAGACACAUUUCAUGAUAAAACUGAAUUGGUGCUUGAAAUUUUUAAAACAGCAACUGAUAUUCUACCCACUUCAGUGGACCUAAACAGCAGACUUAAACAAUAUUUAAUUCAACAUUCAUUUUACGUUAGAGAGUUAGAGAGCUUUCUUUUUCUUGACCUUACUACCUUAUUGUCAGAGUUCUUGCGAAAAUUGCUGGAGACGUAUUGGUACAGCAGGCCAGGCAACAUGCUAUAUUCCAGAUAAAAGGGUCCCUUGUAAACAGAAAUCAAGUGCGAGACUGUCAGCUAGGAUUGUUUCCUAUUAACUGCUGGAGCGAAUAUCGUACAUGUAGGUUAGCCACCGACUAUACUGAUUCAAGAUCUAUUCCAGAGCCAUUCUGGCUACAGCGAAUCGUCGGUGUAUGGCAUUUCUGUCUGACGAGGGGUUAACUCUUGAUACUCUUCACGGCGCCCAGUUCACCUUAUAACAGACUAAAUUAUUGAUAAAAAAUUCUCUUUAGAAAAGCUAAAUCAUUAUUUAACUACGUUCAGGACACGGUUCCGUUUCAAAUUAAGUAAACACAAGCUACCCCUAGCUAUUUUAGGGACUUUGAUCUUUUAAUAAAAGCAUAAAUUGUAUUGAUUUGUCGUCAAUAAUUGUGGGGAAUAAACAAACAUAUCUACCGGUUAUAAUGAAAUGUUCAUCGAGUUUUCGUUUUGCUUUACAUGCCAGCAAAAAAAGUACUUCAUCGUUCCAGAGCAUGGAAAUUCCACCACAAAGUGCAUUUACACAGCUCUUGAAGGAGAUAUGAUUCCAAGACAUUUACUGAAACAUGCAACUCUGAAAUCGGUAAGCAGUGAACAAGUCGAGUGUAUGCACUGAACGGAUGCAUAAUCCAACGAGCGCCCAAGUCAAUCCAACAACAACGUACAAAAAUGCCCAGGAAUAUUAUUGAGAUUAUUCAAGAUCUAUGUUUUAGUAACAAACUGUGAAGAAGACGCUGUCACCGACAACGCCUCAUUUCUUCCCCGUGAUUCUUUUACUUCUGCAUACUUUUCCGUUCACUACAGUUUGUAUAAGCAGAGAAAUUUAAUUCACAUUUUCCUUCUUUCGGUUCUUUUUAUUAAAGGAAAAUAUCGAAGGGAAUUUGACCCACGUUAUUUUCCAAGUUGAUAAUGAUACUGAAGUGGACGUUUACCGGGCAAAAGGACUUCACGGAAAGAUAUACGAGGUCAGUAACUGUUAACACGAGAGAUCAAAAUUAAAACUCUAGGCUGAGUAUUUUUCUUUUAUUGUUGCUUUUUUUGUUUUGCUUGUUUUUCUUUUCUUUUUUUGGUAAUUUUGUGAACAUGGCAGACGAGCGACUCUUUGAACUGCUUAUUACUUUCUCAAUAUCUGUCAUCUUUCUUUUCAACUCUUGAACGCCUGAUCCUGAGUGAAAUCGAUCAUUUGAUCCUAAGAGUUUUGUUUUCAAUUCAAAGGCGGCUUUUAUGAAAAUUUUGCAAAAGUUGACAUGGGGCAGUGAAAUGAAUAAAUAAAUGUACACAAAAGGAAGAAACAAAAUAAUUUAUUAAUAGGAAGUAUGAACUAGUAUAUUGAUCAUCAAAUUCUUAUCUAGAAUUAAGAUUUCUUUUUAAUUUAGCUUUUCUGUUAACUCUAGAUCAUACUCUCUCGUUCGCUUGCUAGGUUUAUUUGCAUCUUCCAAAUGGGACAAUCCAUAUGCGCUCUAAGGAACAUGAGAUGAACUUCACUGACUACAAGCAGCUAAACUGCUACAAAUACAUUGAAGAAAAUGAUACAAUCGAAGAGGCUUUUUACCAAUCCAAUGAUUCAAAGCUGUGUAAGUAUUAAUACUUUUUUUUAAUUCUUUGCUUCAGAAUAUUGUCGUUUUAUUUCCUCCUUACAUCUGUUAACAGUACAAUUGACUGAUGCCUUAAAAGGACACAAAAUUACGUCUGUCACUGCAUAUUCCCCGGCGGGGGGGGUACUCCCUAUAAUGGCUUAUACGGGAAGAACCCUUCCGAAAGAGGUACCUUUUUCAGGCUUGGAAAGGAUGCGGAUUUCACGAUAGGGAAAUCUGCCAUUUGGUCUGUAAAACGACGUAAAAGAGCAAACAGAAAGAUCUUAUGGGUGUGAAAAAGGCGAGAAAAUCUCCAGAUUUUGUGAUUUAUUUAACAAUUAAUGAAUGAGGCUGAGUAUCUUAUGAAGAAUUACGGAGAUCGAGGAGGGUGAUAACACCCUCCGAGAUCUCCAUAAUCCUUCAUAUAGUGCGAAAGCCGAAUUCAAUAAUUGUUUUAUUAUUUAUUCAAAAAUAAUUCCUAGUUUAUUUACCGUUUACACGAGGAAACCGGAGAUUGUGAUUGGAGAAUCAAAAUUUGUUCCAUUCCGCCGUUCGAAAAGAACAGAAAAUGUGGGUUGUCGUUUGAGCCCAUCCAAUUUCUCUACUCUUUUGAGUCUCUCCAGCUUAGUUAGAUACAUUUUGAAGAAGGUCCUUCUCCCACAAAGUCAAAUUCAAUUGCUGAAUGUUUACAAAAGAGACAUGCACCCGGAUAAUUUGUGUAAAUGGUAAGCACCCAGUUAUCCAAGUAUAGCCACUAGGAUUAUUUUUACCCUUUCCAUUGGCCCGAUUUACACGCUGUCUAUGAGCUGAAAGAUAUAGCAAGUUAAUCAGCGAUCAGAAUGCGGGUUUGCGUGCGAUGGCAUGUUAGUAGAAUUCUACUAACCUUCAUUAUCUUUAGUCACAGAAAGCCAAUCAUCCCCUGAGUCAUCGAUAAUAGAAAAGAAUAUCCGAGAACUGUCUACCAACUUUACGCAUCAAACAAAUGAUAGUAUUUCCUUGAGCAAUGCCAGUCUGCUUCAGCAGCCUUCGUCAGUCGUUAAACGUCGUCGACGCGGGAUUGGGUGGCGAAACGGUGGUUUGGACUGGUGGUACGGAAACUGGUGCGGGGCUUACCAGGGUGGUUAUGAAAACAACCCAAAACCUCACUGUCGAUGGUUUUGUUCCCAAACGAAAAGCUAUGUAAACCGCGCUUGUCGCGACUGUCUCCCGCCCCAGGAUGGCUUGGAUGAAGCAUGUAUGGAGCAUGACAGGUACAAUAUCUGGUAACUAUUAAUGUCACAUUAUAAGUCGAGAUUUGGACUGUCUGGCCUGUUGUAAAAGGGGGCGAAAGAUGAACGUCACUUAAUUCCAUAAAAAAAAGUCUGAUUCAUUUGACUUUUGUUGCCGCAUGUUCGCAAAAUAACUAAAAAUUAACUUAACGAUUAUAGACCAGGAGUAACAUGAAUUCAAACAAAUGCAAGUGACGACUAGAUUUAUUAUGUAAACAUUGAUUUACGCUAUCAGUGUGGAAUUUUUGAGGCCGAAUCGCAGACGUAUGUAUCCUCCGCGAAACGUCCCUAGUGGUAGGGAGUGAGGAGAAACGGUAGUAUUCGCAAGCUACAGGUUUUGAUAUUUAUUAGAGGAAUGUAAUAAAUUAAAGUGAUUUACAUAUAAUUAUCCUUAUAACACAGGCGGUCCAAGCUCAGUAUGAGAGUUUAAUCAUUAAUACAUGUGGUUUCCUAUUGCGUAAUCCUUAAAAUGGCCUUGAACAUAAAAGAUUUCUAAGGGAAUUCAGGCAAAAGUUCAAGAAUAUAGAUACUCGCUAGAAUUUUCAAGAAAUACUCUCUACCUUAUUUACUUUACUUGUUUUUUCUUGCUUGAGAUUGUUUUCUCGAUCCAUUGCCAUUUAAGUGAUUUCAUAUGACCCCGAGUUUCCGCCCUAAAAGAAAGGACUUCAAGGUAAGAUGUAUUUCAUUGCAAAUUCUGGCGAGUGUUAUUUAACGCAGUUUCUGCCUCCUUUCAAAGAUGAUUUGCAACAUUGUCGCAAGGUUCGUGAUUCAAAAAUUGACGAGCGAACACACCUCGUAUAGACUCGUGUCUCGCUUGGGUAGUGAGUUCCAGGACGGAAAGAACGCCUUUCAGAGGAAGUUGGGAAACAUUUAAGAACAAUUUCAAUUCGUCACACUCAGAGUAAACCCAUUUAAUUUCUUCAAAAAAUCUAUGUAUAAAGUAAUUUACACUUUUCGUAAACAGUAGAGACUCUUGAGCAGACAGAUAAUGAAAUUAUGUCGAUGUGUAUGGACAUUUGCAUUUGCAUUUGCUGAAUGGCGACUUAUAUAAUCGUUAAAUAAAAUUGCCAAGACUUGGUCGGCUAGAUUUUUCCCAUGCCUGAAGCAAACUAAGGUUAUGUUACGUUAUCCCAAGUGAACUAAAAGCUUGUUUCAAAUAGAUCGUGAGAUGGUUGUGAACAACUUUUAAAAUCCUUAUAUCACCUGGUUCCAACGUCCUAUUUCACACGCUGUGAAAAUCUUAUUUUUGAAUUAAAUGCAGGUGAUUUUCGACAGUCGUGACAUGUAUACGUUAUUUAUAAUACCUCUAUUUAUGACUUUUUUUUUCUAUUAUUAGGUGUCUCGUCAAUCACGAUAGGGGUCCUUGGUGGUGCCAGCCAAUCGGGAAUCGCUGCAAGUGUGAUAGUCCAUUUGUAUGGAGGGCCUACCAUCAAAUCUACGCGUGUUCAUCUAGGAGUUGUAGAUCUCACGCCCGGCAAGUCUUCUGGACAUUUUACUACCUUUUGUCUUGUUGGUAUCCCGCAAGGUUCUGUUUUCCUUGGUUUCGGUUUGUUUGCGGAUGUAAAUGGUGUUCGUGUCCACGAAUUAUAGUCUAUUGGAAAUGUAUUUUUUUUAAGGCGUGUGCUUUCUUUGGUUCCGGAUCAGUUUUUUACUAACUAUCAAGUCGAGUAAAACGGCAAUAAUUCAUAGAUUAAAAUGAUUGGUAAAGAAAACAGUCAAAGAAAUUGUAAAGCGUGAUACGUAGCACAUGUACAGAUAGCUGCCGGUGGUGUCAAUAUCAGCAUGUAUUUGACUUGGUACUUUUUUAUACUCCGGAACCGUCUAAUACUGUGCUGCUUUGUUUACUUGCAUUCAACUUAGAAAAACUUUGACCCCGCCCUUCAGAGUUUCUGUCUUAUUAAAUUAAGAGUCUUUAUCUUGCUAAAAUUACUUAUCAUCAGAAUGAAGGGAAUAACCGCCAAGUCAAAAAUCUUCGUUUGUUUAACAAAUUAUCCUCAUCAGUAUUGUAGGAAAUAUAUGGAGCCGGUAAGACUAUCCUCUCAUAUUAUUUUAUCACUUUAGCCAAAGGCAGUAAAUAAAAACAUUUCUUUAGGUUCCGCCGGUUCCGCAGGUUCGGCGGUUCCUCCGUCUGCAGUUCCGCAAAUUAGUCUUGCCCAUAUGGAGGACAGUGCUGGAGAUAGAGUUCGGAGGGUAAAACAGCUGUAAGGUGUUUCUUCCAAACAGUGAUGAUUUAAGUUAUAUACAUGCUAAUCUUGGCAUUAUCUUUUAAAAGGGCCACUUUAAUAGUAAUAUUAGCAGUCCGAAUAGUUUAUCAAAACUAAAUGCAUGUAGAUUUUAAAUUGACUGCCGUUUAACUCUUCAGUCGUGUAAGGAUCUUGUAGUUAA